AUGGCAGCUCCCAAGUUUUGCAUCGUAGGCGGAGGAGUUUCGGGCCUAACUUGUGCCCGACUGCUGCAGCGAAGCCUCCCUCAUGCACAAGUGACUGUUCUGGAAGCCUCAGAACGACUGGGUGGACUGGUGCGCACUUCCAAAGGAGCCAAGUCACAGAUUUUUGAGGAUGGUUUCCACAGCAGCAUUCUCGUCAAUAAGAAUGGACGAGAGGCUCUGGGCCUCAUCAAACUUUUGAAGCUCGAGGACGAGGUGAUUGGUGCAAACAUUGAGGCAUCAGCACGACGCCACCUGUUGCAUCGCGGCAGUGUGCGCUUGGUCCCCGGGCCUCACCAUGUGUUGCUCUAUGGCCCAGCGCUGAUGGCGGAACCUCUGUGGCCUCGGAGUAAAGAUGCAGACGAGAGCGUCUAUGACUUUGUUGCACGACGAGCCUCGAAGACAUUGGCGAAAAACUUGGCUGACCCCAUUUGUCGUGGUCAACUGGCGGGAGAUGCUAAGGAGCUCUCAGUUCGGACGUGCUUUCCCAGGCUUUGGCACAACGAAAGACGCUUUGGAUCCGUCUUUCUUGGCGCCGCUCUGUCCACCUUUCUGGCAUACCGCCAUCGAAGUUGGAUGGCCUUGGACUUGCUGGACCGCUCUGCGGCUUUCGAAUGCUUUCAAUCCGUGUAG